UCAUGCGCAUGCUCAAUGACUGAACACCCAUUAUGAUCUGUCAAAACGGUGCUGUCACUGUGGGAACGAGACAACGUACUCCAAGGCAGAUAGUGUGUGUCCUUCUUUGGCUGUGACAACAUUCUUGGUCCCGUAGACAACAGUCGAUUUUACAAGCGUUAGCGCUGAUCAAACAUUGAAAUUUUCAAAAAUUCGGGCCAUUCGCGGGUGAUCAGUGUUAGCCCUUAUACUAAUGUCACUUGUCUAGCGGGCCAGACCGAAUUUAACAGAUCAUAAUACAGGUACAGAUCUACGAACCUUCCGAGUAGAAACAAAAACAAAAACAAUUGAAUUCCAACUUUAUUUUAGAAGUUUAAUUAGUUAGCUGAAAGACAACAGACGGAGAGUCGUAAGAUAUAGGUCUUAAUGUUGAUUUUCUAUUGUAUUAAUGUUUUUGUUUGUGCGCCUCGGAGGUGCGUGACCUGAAAAGACUAGGUCAUACAUAAAUAGACCCGAAUCACGUAACACUAAAACAUCUGAAGCAAGCAUUUUUAGUAAACAUCUAGUGAAAGUAAUAUAAACAGAUAUCGAUUAUAAUAAAACGUAAUAAGGACCUUCUCAAGUGGGCAGAAAAGCAGUAAAAACUGACUGCAGAAAAUAUGAGCCUGAUCAAGUUUAUCACUUCAAAACGAUAUUAAAAGGUAAUCCAGUUGCAGAUACUUUCUGCAAUCGAUUUUCAAUGUUUUUUUUAGCUGUUGAUCUCAAUGAUUUAUGAAACUAGCUCGUUUGCGUAUCGUGAUAAGGAAUUGCAUACCAUUUUAUAAUAACCAGUUCAACGGUUUACUAAUAAAGUAAAUACAUAUUAUUUAGUUACUAUAGUGAAACUGAUUCACUUUGAAAUGGUGCAACGGGGUUGCUCGACUAGUUUUGGACCUAACCGGGGGCCUUAAUCAUGAGCUGACGCAGCGAGGUCGCGUGUCGAACUCGUGACCCUGCAGCGUCAAAUCGCCGCCCGAUAAAUACGCUUUAGUAAACCGUUGCAUCAUUUAAUAAUGUAAACAGAUAAUAUAAUAUUAAAGAGUCCAAAGGACAUCGACGGGUUUGGAGCAUGUGUUCUUUUACUGGAGAAAAACAUGUUAUGAAUUGAAAGGUUAGAAUUGAGAUAAUCAACAAAACACAGUGUAUCUUCAAUGUGGGAAUCACAUGCCUCAACAUUAAGCAAUAGAUAGUCAGCAUCACAGUAACAUUAGUAAGGACAUGGAUUUGUCCUUCAAGUCGGAAAACUAAUUCAUAAUUAUCUCAAUUGCAUCUCAAACAGCUACUAGAACAACAAAAGGGUAUAAAGCGCAAUUGUAUCAAUAUUUAACUAAUUCAUUGUGACUAAAACAAAGGACACACUAAGUACUCUUAGUACACACAUUGACAACUACGCAGAUACAAUGAAUGGUACCUAAGUGUAAAACAAAGAUUGUUUACUUUGUACAGCGUAAUUCACCUUAUUGUCUGAUGAAAGUCAAUCAUUCAAUCAUGUUGCUAACUGUGAGAAAAGAAUUAACGACUGUAGGAACUGCUUGAAUGUUCAUGUCUAUUUUUUUUAAUACAACUCUCGCAUUUAAGAACUGAAUCAUAUCGAUAAAAAUUUAGUCACAUGGACAAAGACACCCAAACUCAGGACAAGCAUUCGCGGAUCACACAAAUGCUUAUCCUAAACGGAGAUCAAAACCCGCGACAGCGGUCAGUAGUUUUGGCGUGGUGGUAGACCUCAACCACUCGGCUAUCAGUGCAAGUAACGCAGGGGACCUACCAACACCUCUUGAAGUGGGAAUGUAGCAGUAGUGCCAUCUGUACACAACAAUUCAAGAUUGAAGCAUGCGAUUUCUCCAACGGCUUAUUAAACGAACUAGGUCAGAUCACCGUGCAUGAAGCACCAGCAUGCAUCUAAUGUAAUGAUUAGUAGCAGAAUUUCGUCAGUGAAUAAAAGGCAUCGAUUUUAGUGAGGAGGAGGAUCAUACCUUUUGAUUUAACAACGGUUUACUAAGGCGUAUUGAUUGGGAUAGCCAGAAUAAUUUCGGUCCCUAGGGUAUCGUUAAGAACGAACCGACGCUGCACUGUUUUUAAUUUGUUCGUGAAAUGAGAAAAUAUCAGCAACUUGCGGUCGUAACGGUGGUAAGUCCUAAGCUUUGAACUUAUUGCUAAUUCAUCACUAACACUUUAACAAGCCUGAAGUUGUAUGACAGAGGAAAACAAAAAGAAUUACAGACAUACAAUAUAACAUGACAUGAUUGGACAUAGAGCAGCCAACCUUUGAUAACAGCGUCAAUAUCGAAUAGCAGACAAGCAUGCGUUAUUAUUCUUCUAUUUCCCGGCCAACACCUAACACCAAGAAUUUAUCGAAAACGGAUGACCGGGCACAUGUCAUAACAAACAUCCUCGCUACCUAAAACUUAAACAAGGAGAACCACGUUGAAAUCGAAAAUACGUUUAUUAUUAAUGUGGUAACGGUCAACAAUCGAAGUUUCACACGUGACCGAAAACAAAGGAGAGUCAUACGAUGCUGAUACACGUGCGGCACACCAACCAGGUACUAGCACCUCUUCAGAUAACAUCGUUGCAGUUGAAGAAGAGAGACAGCGCUCUACACCGUGUCUAAUGCUGUCUCGCUUCGACAACUGCAACAGCCUUACUUUAAGCAGUGGCAGUGGGACUACAGAACGUGGUGGACGGCAUGUUUACUUCUGCGGAACAAAGGUUACGUAGACAUCACAAAAUUACACAAGCACAUAUGCGUAAUACUGAACGACAUUAGACUGCGUUUCCAAGACAGAUGCGUAGCACCGAAUAUUUUUAAAGAAACAAUAGAAUUGCUUUAUGUGGGCAUAAUUACAGACGUGCUGAAGCUUUGCAACGUUUCUCUAAGCUGUAUUUUGAUUUACCGGCAAUUACAAAUAGCUCCUCAAAACUAACUAAACUUAACCGGGUUCCUCAAAAAUAAGACUUUUCGGAAAAGAGUUCCUCAAGACAGAAUAAUAAUAAGAAACAUGAAGCAUUGUUUACAAAAUGGGUCAGUAGUUGGAACAAACAAUUGCGGCUCAGACAAGUGAAUAAAUAAACUGUUGAAUAGCCCCCUUUUAAAGCAAUUUAUGUGGAGAAAAGGUGGCUUUCUUUUACAUUUUAAGUGUUUCUAUCAACAUGGGCAAAUUACCAUUUCGCAAAAAAAGCUUCAUGGUUUGAGGGAACUGUUAAUAGAAGUGAGAGCUUUAAAAAGGAGGAAAUUUCAGUGGAAUCUACCAUCAGAUAACAAAGUAUGCUGAGCUAGAGUUUAUUGACCCCUUGGCAUAUAUUAUAUAGCUCACGUUUGCAUUUCCUUGCGAGUGGUACAAAAUUGAGUUUAUUUCGAGUUAUGAAAGUUUCAACAUAAAGUAACUGUCCAAACAAAAGAGAAAAAACAAAAUCUCCAUAAAGGCAUAGAAAGACAAAUAUAAGAACAGCUCUAAUUGAAUCCUACAAGAGCUUCACUUCUUUAUUUUCUUCUUUUUUCCACGUUUUUAUACACUCACUUUUCUUUUUUGUUUUCAUUCCGGUUGGUUUUUUGCAACACAAUUUGGAGGCACUUCCUCAUAAGCUAGGAGGCUGAAAUUUUCAGAGUAGCUUAAAACACGAUGACAAUGCAGUUUAUAACUAUAAAAACCGUUGGACCGAUUUCGAUAAAAUUUUAAUGGAGAAAGCGGAAGGGUGUCGGACCUUCACUUAAAUAUCGAUACACGAAUAGAUUUCUAAUGAGAAGAAUUAAUGCAAUGAGUUGAGAUUUUUCCAACUAAUUAUAUAAUAUAAACAUUUUAAUUAGAAAUAUAUGCUUAUAAUAUUAAUACUCAGGCGUGAAUAAUUAGACUCAUAAAUCAUCUAACACAACGUUUGCCCUACUAACGUGCUGCGUUAUCAGGUCACUGAUAAGUCAUGUAGAUCAAAGAAGAGUUUCGCACCAGUCUUCGUUAAUAUUUUCAUUACCAAACUUUAAACUAAGUAGGUUUACGACUAAAAUUCAUAAAAAAAAUACGCCCGACUCUACAUGGUGUACCAUUUUAUGCGCAAUAUAUGGAAGUAAUUGGUUCAUUACAGGCUUCUGAAUCGAAUUCCAUGGAAAUUAAGGUAUUUUAAUUUAACAGUAAAGUUCUUUGCUAUGGUUUAGAGUCAACAUAUAUAACAAAUAAAAUGCUAUUGAAAAUAUUAUAAUAGACUCAAAAUUACGAAAAUCAUAUUAUUAUUCUAUUUGCACUAAUUGAAGUGUUACGGAAAAGACCGGGAUCCAAUAUUCCGGUUCACCCUUUGGCUUGAAUGAUUGAAACCCGUUCUGUAUCUAUUCACGUGAUUCGGCUUUCCGGCAUACCUACUAAUAUUCAGUACAAUGAGAUUAUAUACAUUAGCCUAUUGUGUGUCCUUGUCCAGUUGAAAGUAUUGUGUUAGUUUGAGUGCCAAGGCAAUGGAAGAAGCAACGCAAGAUUUACGGGACUCUGGCACCUCUCGUUCGGACACGGGCAUGAGAAAGGAGCGAAUGUGUGGAGCACUCGCCAAGUUCGAUAAACCUAUAUUUUCCGUUGAUAUACAUCCUACGGGGAAGAGAUUUGCUACCGGAGGCCAAGGUGGAGACUCCGGCCGAGUCGUGGUCUGGAACUUAAACCCCGUUUUGUUUGAGGCAGUAGAGGUGGACCCAAACAUUCCCAAAAUGCUUUGUCAAAUGGAUAACCACUUAGCAUGUGUAAACUGUGUCCGAUGGAGCAAUGGUGGCAAGUAUUUGGCUUCUGGUGGUGAUGACAGACUGGUGAUGGUGUGGGGCCUCAGCGUGGCAGCCAUUGGUACUCCCGGCAAGCACAAGGCUGAGACUUGGAGAUGUUUGGCUACAUUGAGAGGUCAUGCAGGUGAUGUGUUGGACCUAGCAUGGUCACCGCUAGAUAAGUGGCUAGCAAGCUGCAGUGUGGACAACACAAUAAUUAUCUGGAAUGCAGAGAAGUUUCCAGAAAUGGUGUGCGUCUUAAACGGACACACGGGACUUGUGAAAGGUGUUGCUUGGGACCCUGUGGGAAAAUAUCUAGCAUCUCAAUCUGAUGACAAGUCUCUGAGGGUAUGGAAAACCGCAGACUGGGCACAGGAAGUUAUUAUCACUGAACCAUUUGAGGAGUGUGGAGGCACGACUCACGUGUUGCGCCUGUCGUGGUCCCCUGACGGGCAGUACGUGCUGUCGGCCCACGCUAUGAACGGCGGCGGCCCCACCGCGCAGGUCGUGGAGCGGGACGGAUGGCGCUGCGACAAGGACUUCGUGGGACACAGGAAGGCUGUCACCUGCGCUCGCUUCAACAACAACAUAUUCGUGAAGGAGGGCAGGAAGUACUGCUGCGCGGCGGUGGGGUCCCGCGACCGCGCGCUCAGCAUCUGGCUGACGUCGCUGAAGCGGCCGCUCGUGGUCGUGCACGACCUGUUCAGCGACAGCCUGCUCGACCUGUCCUGGAGCUCCGACGGUUUGAACCUCUUGGCUUGUAGCUCAGAUGGCACUGUGGCUUGUAUACAGUUUACCAAUAAGGAGAUCGGAACACCACUUACAUUGGAUGAAAAGAAUUCUUUUUACGAAAAAAUCUACGGCAAAUGUUUGGCCAAUGAGUCUGGCGGGGAUUUGUCCGCCAACUUGUUGGUGGAGUGUCCUGAGAUACUGCUGGCUAGGGAGAAGCAGGAGGCCAAGAAGGAAGCCGCCAAAGAGGAGACCACGCCCAAGAGUGAGAAGUCACAGUCCAAGAUCUUAUUAAGUCCAUCGCCGGCGUCGUGCGGUACGUCGUCCACUCCGCUGCGGCCCAUGGACCGGCAGAUCGAGACCCGCACGUCGGACGGCAAGCGACGCAUCACGCCCGUCUUCAUACCGCUCACACACGCAGACGCCAAUGAGUCCCUUGGCUCACAGCCGGGUGGCACAGAGAACUGCUUCAGCACAUCGUCUCAGAGCAAGUCGCGCAUCAAGGUGGAAGUGAGAGAUGACAUCGUCAUACAUCCCAAUGUCAGUAACCAUGCCACGUCUACGCAACAAAACAACUCCAGAACCAGUGACAAUUCAGUCCGCAGCGGGCUGGACUCGCGGCUGCGCAAGCACGGCGCGGGCGCGCUGCCCGGGCCGCGCGCCGCCGAGCUGGGGGGCGGGCGCGCGCCCGGCCCCGCCCCCGGCCCCGCCCCGCCGGCCCCGCCCCGCCGCACGCUGCCCGCGCCCGCGCUCGGCACCGCCGGGCCCGUCGUCAGGGCCGCCGGACUGCUGCGGCUACAGGUGGUAAACAAAGCAUUCAACACACAGUACGGGACGCUCGCGCGCCUACAACUGUUACCAAACAACUCUGCCUCUACUGAUCCUGUUUGGGAGACUUAUUUAGGCUCCCCGGUGUCGUGCCUGGCGUGCGACGCGCGCUGGGCGUGCGCGGCGUGCGCCGACAGCACGCUGCACGUGUGGCGCCUCGCGCGCGCCGGCGCCACGCGCGCGCUGCCGCCCAUCGCGUUAAUGUCGCAAGCCGCCAAGCUGACUCUGUCAGGCGACACGCUGGCGGUGGUCACGACGUCCGCCGAGCUGGCGAUGUGGGAGCUGGCCUCUGCCGCCUGCGUCAUCCGCCCGCUCUGCUUCAGGGCGCUGCUCACUCCCGGCGUAACGGUAACAAAUUGCUCGUUAAUGGACGACGGCAACCCGAUGAUCGCACUCAGUAACGGCAAGAGCUAUAUCUACAGUAAACAACUAUGUGUCUGGGUGGUGUGGUCAGACGCGAGCGACCCGCUGUGGCGCAGCAGCGGCGGCGCCGCGCACCCGCCGCGCGCGCGACACGCGCGACACGCGCGACACGCGCCGCUCGCCAGGCCCGCGCCAGGGAACAACAGCAGCUACAGUUCAGGCGCGGCCCGCAGCUGGCUGGAGGCUCAGGUCGCCUCGUGUCUGCAUCUGAAGCUCGCUAAGGACUACCGACACUGGAUCACCACGCUGUUCUCACAUCUCGUCAACCACGGUAACGAGGAGCAACUCCGGUCGAUACUAGACGACAUGCUCGGCCCCAGUCACUGCACCUCAACACCCAAGAUAUGGCAGUCAACAAUUCUGGGUAUCAGAAAACACGAUUUAUUAGAAGAGAUGCUUUCCCUCCUAGUUCGGCAGCUGCGCUGGCAGCGAUUGUACGCGGAGUACUCCGACCAGCUCAAUGACAUCAAGAACAGUGGCGCCGUCGUCAACGGUCACUGAUACACAGACACAGUGCGAAAAUAUGCGCUUAUAUAACAUACAUUGAAACUGGAACUAGUGAUUAAUGUUUCCUAGUAAAUACGGUGACCAAAAUCGUGUUUUUAGUUUCGUAUAUAGCUUAAAUAAGGUUGAAUAUGUAAAAAAAAAUGUAUAUGUAAAAGUUAUGAAUUGUAUGACCUUAUUCUAUUUGUGGUUGAUUGUAAAAUUGUCUUCGUAUUAAUUCAUGAGUUGUGAUUUUGUAAUUGUGUUUGGAUGAACUGCAAACAAUUUUUUUUUGUUGUCGAGUUGUAUUUCAGAAUGAGAAAUCGGUCGUGCUUACUCACAUUUGACUCGCCUGAUGGUCUAGUGGUCCAGAGGUCAUGGGUUUGAUUCCCACUCAGGAUAUGUGUUUGCGUGAUGAGCCUGAUCAUUUAUAAGAUGUAUUUAUUUAUGUAAGUAUGUUUAUCGUUUGUCUAGAACUCAUAAUGCAAGCUUUGCUUAUAUUGAGACUAGAUUUGAAUAAAAAAUAUUACUAUAAAGUCGUCAAAAGUGAUAAAAAUUUUAGCAUGCAAGCAAGUAUUGAUAAAAAAUAUUGUUUACAGUAGAUCUCGAACACUCGUUGUGAAUAUUAUUACUUUAAAGCAAUAAAUGUGUUUUGUGUAUUAGAUUUGUGAACAAUUCCGCCUCACUCAGUCUUGUAUGUCAAGUUUAGUUUUUAUGUUUACUACCAUUAUUUAUUAAUAUAAAAAUUAUUUAGUUUAGGCAGUAACAUAAGUCCCUAAUUUUACCCCAGCAUAAAGUAAUUAAACUGCGAAUUCUUUUUACUUUUACAUUAUUUUAUUUUGAAACAAAAACUGUUGAUUUGAAUUGCAUACACUGAAGGAUCAAAAAUAAUUGUUGUGAAUGAUCAUCGUAUUAACUUGUUUGGUCUAGUCAAAUUGGUUCACUGUCUAAAGUAUUACAUAAUUUAGUGAUUAAUUAUAAUUAAUAUUUUAGCAAUUAUAACCGUAACCAAAUUUAGUGAUCACAGACUAAUUGACUUAUAUCUUCCUUUUUUAUCUAGCCCCCUGUGUCCCACUGCUGGGCAAAGGCCUCCCCCCAAUUCUUCCAAGAUUCUCUAUUCUGGGCCUCAUGGAUAUACAUAUAUCUUCCUUACAAUAUUGAAAAUGAAUAAUAGUUUGUGACAUCUAUGCAUCAUCCUUGAAAGUAAUCAAAUCUUUUAGGCUUUGAAAAAUGUGACGGUAAUUAGCGGCUGAAUUUAUUUAAAUACCUUUGUAAUUUUUCAAUAUUUUCUUUUGGAAUGGGUUCAUGUAUAUUAUUGUAGAUAAUAAUAUUCUAAUUCAAUACAAGAAAUGAAAUAAUGUGCUAUGUAAAAACAAUUUAGGAAUUAUGAAAUUAAAGACGACUUAUUUCUAUGAAAUAAUUCGAAUGUGUUGUAAAUCAGAUAAUAUAUGUGAAGAAUAUAUAUUCUCAUGUUUAAUAGUAGUAUAAGUUUUGUAAAUAACGGCUUGCUACUGCCAAUUUGUAAUAUUAUAUAAUGAAUUAAUCAAGUUAUUGUAAAAACAACAAAUAGAUUCUUGUGUAAUUGACGAUAUAGAUACAAGUUCCAUUUUUAUUUGUUUGUCUUAUCAGUGUGAAUUUUUACUUUUACAUAAUGAUGUACUGCAACGGUAAACCUAUUUGGUAUGUUUUUAUAGGAAAAAAGAUUUAAGUUGUUUUUUAACCCAACAUGUAUCUUUAUUUAAAAAAUACUAGAUUGUCAUUUGUGUCUAUAAUCGUCAUAGUAUGGUGCCAAUUACAUAGUUAUGUAUAUUAGCCGACAGAACUGCACAGCAAGACUGUUUUGUAGAGUUUUAGCAAUAAACAUGUAUUUCCUGUA